AUGGGUGGUGUGAGGGUCUUAAGUUGUCCCAAGAAUGGAGGGGUGGGGGAGUUCCGAGUCGCCUCAGAAGCGGGGCAUGGGGAUUCGGUGAGGGGAAAAAGAGAAGGGCGGUUCGAGAUUAAGUUUCAUUCCGCUACUAUCCUUUUCCUCCUCUUCCCUUCCCUCCAAUCCAUUCCCGUCCCUCCUUUUCCAUGCCCUCCCCCUCCUUUCCCUCCACAACAAUCUACCCCCCUUGCUUGCCUUCAAUCUUCCCCCCCUUGCCCUCAGUUCCCCCCCUCCUUGCCCUCAGUUUCCCCCUCCUUGACCCUCCGUUUCCCCCCUCCUUGCCCUCAGUUUCCCCAACCCCCCUCCUGGCCCUCAGUUUCUCCCCUCCGCCUUGCCCUCAUUCCCCCCCCCCCCCUUGCCCUCCCCCUCCUUGCCCUCAGUUUCCCCAACCCCCCUCCUGGCCCUCAGUUUCUCCCCUCCGCCUUGCCCUCAUUCCCCCCCCCCCACCCUCCUUUCCCUCAGUUUCCCUCCCCCACCCCUUGCCCUCAGUUUCCCCACCCCUUGCCCUCAGUUUCCCCACCCCUUGCCCUCAGUUUCCCCUCUCCUUGCCCUCAGUUUCUCCCCUGCGUGCCCUCAGUUUCCCCCCUCGACCUCGUUCCACUACUGUUUUCCAGUGCGUCCGCCAUGCUUCCCAUCAUGUUCCACCUAUUCGAACCCUUUCUUUCCACCCCUGCUUGGGCUUGUUCCGUCCUGCUCGCCCUCGUUCCUCCCACCCCCGUUCCGACUGUUUUCCCACCCUUUCCCUCGUCCUCGUUCCCUUAA